GUCCACCGUUAGGAGAGGCGCAAAGCAGAUGCAAAGUGCUCAGCUCAGACGACGACGUUUUCUAAGUCCCGCCCUGUAUCUGUUUCUCUCUCUGCUUAGGUUCGCCUUCCACCCCAAGCCGGACCGACACCACCGGCGAUCUCUCUAUCUUGGCGGUGAAGAGCUUCUGUUUGCUUGACGGAUCCUCAUCCUCCAGCUCCCCCAAAAGCCUCAGGUAGGAGUUGGAUUGGAGGAAGCGGAACAAUGGCCGAGGCGGCUCAAAUGGAGGACAAUUGGAAACCGCAGAGGCACGGAAGCGAUAGCAAUGGAGAUCUGGCAUUGGAGAAUGGCAGCUCAGGCGAUGCUCAUGAUCAGCUUGUGCAGAUGGUCACGGAGCUCAAAUUGCAGAACGAAUUCCUCAAGUCUCAGAUUGAAGGCUUUCAGAGUUUGCAACCAGCAGAACCGAGUGAAGCCGGUGGUUCCGAAGAGGUUGAACGGCUCCGGCAGAGCAUUGAGUCAUUGAAUUCGCAGCUUGAGGAAGAGAAGCAAACACGAGCUGCGGCAGAAGAGGCUCUGAAGCACCUUAGAGAAGAACACUUGGAAGCUGAUUCAAGAGCGCAGGACCUCUCUGCAAAGCUAGCUGAAGCUCAACAGAAGUUGGAUCAAGAAAUUAAAGAGCGUGAAGAGAAGUACUCUGAUCUUGACUCGAAAUUCACCAGGCUUCACAAACGAGCAAAGCAGCGUAUUCAAGAUGUUCAAAAGGAAAAAGAUGACAUUGAGGCUAGAUUUCGUGAAGUAAAUGAAAGAGCUGAGCGAGCAUUAUCCCAACAGUCAGCAUUGCAGCAAGAGCUUGACAAAACCAGGCAACAAGCAAACGAUGCACUGAAAGCAAUUGAUGCUGAGAGACAACAACUAAGAAGUGCAAAUAAUAAACUACGAGACAACCUGGAGGAAUUGCGAAAUGCACUGCAACCAAAAGAGAGUGCUAUCGAGGCACUGCAACAUACAAUUUCGGAGAAGGAUCAGAUGUUAGAAGAUAUGCGAGGUUUGCUUCAGGCUGCUGAGGAAAAAAGGCAAUCUUCAUUAGCUGAACUCUCUGCUAAACAUCAGAAGAAUUUGGAGAGUUUGGAAGCGCAACUUGCGGAUGCAUCAUCCGAUAGAAAUAAAGCAACUGAAACUAUUUCUUCACUGCAGAUGCUAGUUGCUGAGAAAGAGUCAAAGAUUGCAGAGAUGGAAGCGGCAUCAACGGGUGAGGCAGCAAGGCUUAGAGCUGCUGCAGAAACUGUAAAAGGAGAGCUUGCUCACCUUAAACAUGAGCAUGAGAAAGAAAAGGAGAGCUGGGAAGCUGCCUCUCGAGGACUGAAAACAAAGCUGGAAGUCACUGAGAGCAAUCGGAUAUGUGCUGAAAUUGAAGUAGCCAAAAUGAGAAGUCAGCUGGAAUCAGAGGUGUCUGCACAAACCCAAAUGCUUGAUGCGAGAGAUGCUGAACUUGCAACUGCCAAGGAGGAGAUCAACCGCCUUAAAAAUGAAUUUUCUUCUUAUAAAGUACGUGCUCAUGCACUUCUCCAAAAGAAGGAUGCAGAUCUAGCUGCAGCUAAAGACUCUGAACAAGUUACAGCUCUUGAGGAAGCACUAAAAGUGCGAAGCUGAAAAGAAGUUUCGUCUCUGAGUGCUGAAAGAGAUAAGGCCCUUCAGGAUCUUCAGGAUGCCUUGACUAAUUAUAAUAAAGAACUAGCAGAAAGAGAUGCAGCUCUUAAUGAUACCAUGCAGCAGAUCAAGAGCUUAGAAAAAAAGCUCGAGUCUACUAAUGCCCAUCACCGAUCCGCCAAAGAAGCAUGGGAAGUUAACCUUAGUAAUUUGGAAGAAACAUGGCGGGCAAGAUGUGAAACAUUAAGAGCUCAAAAUGAAGCAUCUUCUGGAGAAGAUAAAAAAGAAUUGGAAGAGCUCAAAUUACGGUAUAAAAAAUUGAAGGAAGAACACAGUUCAUUUCGUGAUCUUGCUGAUAGAAUGAUGGAGGAGAAGGACAGAGAAAUUUCUAGACUUGUAGAUGAUAAUAAGAACCUUCAUCAAUCUUUGGAGUCAAGACCAAAGGUUGAUCAUAACGAUAAUUAUAGCACAGGCAUGUAUAAACAGGAUCCAUCAAGUUUAAGCACCUCUGCGUUAGAACAGCAGAUUCUGAUUCUGGCAAGGCAACAAGCGCAAAGAGAGGAAGAGCUAGCACAGUCACAGAGGCACAUUUUAGCGCUUCAAGAGGAAAUUGAGGAGCUGGAGCAUGAAAAUCGUCUGCAUAGCCAACAGGAAACAAUGUUGAAGACUGAGCUUCGCAACAUGGAAAGAUCACAGAAGAGGGAAGGAGUAGAUAUGACUUACCAAAAUGUUAUAUUAAAGCUUCUUGAAACUGGUGAAGUGGAGGCUCUAUUACCUGUGGUUGGUAUGCUCCUUCAGUUUAGUCCUGAAGAGAUCCAGAAGUGUCAACAAGCAUACCGCGCAUCUGUAGAUGUCCCUCCUAGCGCAGCAAGUGAUGCUUCAGGAUCUGCCACCUCCUCGCUUUUCUCAAGAUUCUCAUUCACUUAAUGGCAAAAUGAAGUUUUGUAGACAAUUCUUUGCACGAAAAACCAGCUGCUACAGCUGCUUGUCUCCAUACAAAAGAUGGAAGGGUGCGAUCACAGUAGAUCUUGUAUUCUUUUGUAAAAGUGAACCAUUCAUUCUCCAUACCAUCCAGAAAAUGUAAAGUACGACAGCACAAUUCAGUCACAGAGAGAGAGAGAGAGAGAGAGAGAGAGAGAGAACAUUCUGGGCGUCAUCGGUCCUUCCAUGAUUUAUUGUAGUGUAACAAAGAAAAAGGCAUGAUUUGGUUAUUUAUUGGGACGAGAAUACGGAUGUUGAGGGCGUGCUUUUAUUUGACAUCUGAUUGAAUAGUACAGUUUAGAUUACCGUCAGAUGGCAGCCUCAGCAGUUUUACCUCUACUCACACCCUCUUGUUACUCUUUGUAAGUAAUGUUCACGUUGGUUUUAUAUGCAUGAAUCAAUUUUUUGACCA